AGAGAGUAUUCCAUUCCAUCCUCUGUCUUUCUAUCUUGCUUUCUUUUCUUAGCAUUGCUUACACACCUUUCAUAUCUCAUCAGAGAUCUUUCGACAACUAAGAAAUGGGAUUGCAUGUUGUGAGACCAACAAGCUGUUUUCGCAAUCCUAUUGCAUGUGUUCUUGCUACCAUGUUCUGGUUGUUGUUGUUGACCAUCCCAAGCCAAGCCCAUCUAUCACCUACAUUCUACCAAAAUACAUGUCCAAGAGCCCUCACUACGAUUCGGACUGCCAUAAGGACCGCGAUUGCACGAGAGCGUAGAAUGGCGGCAUCCCUUGUUCGCCUCCAUUUCCACGAUUGCUUUGUUCAGGGAUGUGAUGGAUCAGUCUUACUCGACGACUCUCCUUCAAUUGAAAGCGAGCAGAAUGCGCCUCAGAAUUUCGAGUCUGCGAGAGGAUUCGAAGUCAUUGACGAUGUAAAAUCUCAAGUGGAAAAUGUGUGCCCAGGAGUCGUAUCAUGUGCCGAUAUACUUGCUGUCGCGGCAAGGGAUGCUUCUGUAUAUGUGGGUGGCCCAACAUGGACGGUGAAGCUUGGAAGAAGAGACUCCACAACUGCAAGCCAAUCCCAAGCAGCAAGCAACCUUCCAAGGUUCACAGACAGCCUAGAAACCCUCUUAGACUCCUUCAGUAGCAAGGGCCUCAAUGCAAGAGAUAUGGUUGCACUCUCAGGUGCGCAUACAAUCGGUCAAGCGGCAUGUGCAACCUUCCGAGACAGAGUAUACAACGAAUCUAACAUCGAUGCCGGCUUUGCAAGCACUCGCAGACGUGGUUGUCCUUCCGUCGGCGGGGACGGCAACCUGGCCCCACUUGAUUUGGUUACACCCAACUCAUUCGACAACAACUACUUCAAGAACCUGAUCCAACGGAAAGGUCUGUUACAGUCUGACCAGGUUCUCUUUAGUGGAGGAUCGACAGAUGGUAUUGUUACAGAGUAUAGCAAAAACCGAGCGACUUUCAACUCAGAUUUUGCAGCAGCAAUGGUGAAGAUGGGAGACAUCAGUCCUCUAACCGGCACAUCUGGACAAAUAAGGAGAUUGUGCGGUGUCGUCAACUGAUCAUUUAGAUGUGAAAAUUCAUUUU